AGGUGGAGAGAGAGAAUCCACAGGCACAGGCAGAAUAGUCGGGGGCAGCUUGAAAGUACAAGGUUGCGAGCACCUCCACCUUGUCUCCUACUCAUACUGUUCCUUCCUUCUCCUCAUUCCUAUUUCCCAUUUUUAUUUUUCAAUAAAGCAAAACAAAAAUAAGCACCACCACCACCACCCUUUUUUUCUCUCCAAAAAAUCCCCAUCUUCCUUCACUUCUCAGCUUUGGACGAGAUCCCAUUCCCGAUCUCACACACUCACUCUUCCAUCCUUUCAUCAAAAACAAAUAUUAUAUCUUGAAAGUUGAUGGCUGCUCCACCGGCAAGGGCUCGUGCCGAUUACGAUUAUCUCAUCAAGCUUCUCUUGAUCGGUGACAGCGGUGUUGGAAAAAGUUGUCUCCUUCUGCGUUUCUCCGAUGGUUCUUUCACUACUAGUUUCAUCACAACUAUAGGAAUCGAUUUUAAGAUAAGAACCAUUGAGCUUGAUGGCAAAAGGAUCAAGCUCCAAAUUUGGGAUACUGCAGGGCAGGAGCGGUUUCGGACAAUUACAACUGCUUACUAUCGUGGUGCAAUGGGCAUAUUGUUAGUCUAUGAUGUUACAGAUGAAGCAUCAUUUAACAAUAUCAGGAAUUGGAUUCGCAAUAUUGAGCAACAUGCUUCAGACAAUGUUAACAAAAUACUGGUGGGGAACAAAGCUGAUAUGGAUGAAAGCAAAAGGGCUGUGCCUACAUCCAAGGGCCAAGCACUGGCUGAUGAGUAUGGAAUCAAAUUCUUUGAAACUAGUGCUAAGACAAAUCUAAAUGUGGAGGAAGUUUUCUUUUCAAUAGCAAGAGAUAUAAAACAAAGGCUGUCUGACAAUGACUCCAAGGCAGAGCCAUCAACAAUCAAAAUCAACCAAGACCAGACAGGAGGGGCUGGGCAGGCUGCGCAAAAAUCGGCUUGUUGUGGUUGAAGACAAAUGUUACAAAUUGAAGGCAAAAUUAUUGUCCAUGAACAAGGAAUGAAGAAAUUACGUGUAUAAUGAUGAUGAUGCUGCUGACUUGUGCUUCUUAACCUUGUCAUUCUUUAUAAAUUUGUGUGUGAUAAGUAGUGUCUGACUUUUUUAACAAGUUAUGCAUUAAAUCCAAAACUGAAUGUGAUUGUGGUGAUUGCAUGUCUAACAGCCCCUGAUUUUCUUUGGUUGGGGGACGUGAGAUUCAUUGAAUAUUGUUUUUUCUCUUCUUUCAGUGUAUAAAUGCGAUGGCUUGUGCUGGAUUCCGUGGA